AUGUUCGAUUCUCAUAGAAAAUCACGACCCCAUGGUCGUGCAAGACCUAGACCUAGUUGGCUUUCUGUUUUAGCCUCUUCUCUGUAUGCUUCAUCUGUUGCGGGAGUAGUUUCCGCGAAUAAUGUGCUGUCGCAUCAUGACCACGAAAAUCGAGUGUACUUUGCUGUCGAAUUACACGAUGUAGUUGACCCAGCUUCUUUCUCCUCAAAGUACGCUGAUAGCCAUAACUGGACUUUCGAACAGCCUCUGGGCUCACUUAAAAAUCAUUAUCUCUUUUCAGUAGAAAAAGACGCUGCUAGUAAAGAUUUGUUGCACAAUAUGGGUGCUGGUCAUACCCAUCCAAACCACCAUUUAGAAGGCAAACUAUGGCAUAAUAGCGUACAGACAGACGAGUCGAUUCAUAAACGACGUUUGGAUCACCAUCAGGAACUGGUUGUAGAUGGGUUGAAGUCGCUUCAAGUGCUCGUUCCUCAUAGUCUCUCCAAAAGACUGCCAAUUCCAGUACCCGCACCUCCAGUUGAUUCGUCUCUCCAGGUCAUCCAAGACGCCAUGGACUACCUCCAAAUCAGUGAUCCUCUAUUCCCCAAACAAUGGCAUUUGAUAAACCCCAUUCAGCCUGGUCAUGAUAUUAAUGUCACAGGCGUGUGGUACCAAAACGUCACUGGUAAGGGUAUAGCAGUGGCAGUUGUCGAUGACGGUCUGGAUAUGGACCAUCCAGAUCUCCAAGCAAAUUAUUUUGCCGACGGAUCUUGGGAUUUCAACGACAAAGGACCUGACCCAAGACCUAGAUUGGCUGAUGACCAUCAUGGUACCAGAUGUUGUGGUGAGAUUGCUGCGGUUCGGAAUGAAGCAUGUGGUGUGGGUAUAGCAUAUGAUUCUAAGAUUGCCGGAAUUCGAAUCUUGUCUAAACAGAUUUCCGAAGCCGAAGAAGCACUUGCUUUAAAUUACGGCAUGGACAAAAACGACAUCUACUCGUGUUCAUGGGGACCUCCGGAUGAUGGAAUUGCCAUGGCAGCUCCUGGACUGGUAGUCAAACAGGCCAUUCUAAAUGGAGUUCAGAAUGGCCGUAAUAAACUGGGUAGUUUAUUUGUAUUUGCAUCGGGUAAUGGUGCUGCCAACGGAGACAACUGUAAUUUCGAUGGUUAUACAAACAGCAUUUACUCGAUCACAGUGGCUGCUAUUGAUAGACAGGGCAUGCACCCAUUCUACUCGGAAGCGUGUAGUGCCAAUAUGGUAGUCACUUAUAGUUCAGGAUCAAGCGAUAAGAUUGUGACUACUGAUGUUCAUGGUCUGUGUACAGACCAACACGGUGGUACUUCGGCGGCUGCACCCAUUGCAGCCGGUAUUUUUGCUCUUGUAUUAGAGGUAAGACCAGAUUUGACAUGGCGUGACCUUCAAUACCUGGCAAUGGACACUGCUGUUCCAGUAAAUAUUCAUGAACCAGGCUGGCAGAAAACCAGUAUCGGAAAACAGUUUCACCAUAAAUAUGGUUAUGGUAAGCUUGAUACGUAUGCCAUUGUCGAACGAGCUAAGACCUGGCAAGUGGUUAAACCACAAAGUUGGUUCUUUUCACCCAAGGCCGUUGUCAAUGGAGCCAUAAAGUUUGAUCCUGAUGGAGCCAAUGGAGGAUCCAAGUCGCUCAUCAGUGUCACUGCAGACGAACUCAGUAAAGCCAAUGUCGAGCGAAUCGAACACGUCAAUGUGCUGGUCAAUAUUAGACAUAUCAAUCGUGGUUCGUUGACAGUGGUGUUGACCAGUCCAGACGGAGUCAAAUCAGAACUGGCUGCUCCUAGAAUCAAAGACCAGUCUGCUGAUGGUAUUGUUGACUGGACGUUCAUGAGCGUUGCUCACUGGGGAGAGUCGGGUGUGGGUGACUGGCAGUUGCAUGUCUACAACAACAAAAAAGAGACUCUUGAUGGCGAAUUGGUUGACUGGACUCUAAAACUAUGGGGAGAAGCUAAAGAUGCCAGCAAAGCCAGACUGUUUAGUUUGGAUGAAGACAACAAACCCGAUAACGAAGUCACUCCUCCAGCCAGCACCUCUUCACCGGUCCCUGUUGAAUCAACAACUUCACCAUCACCACCUCCACCAGCAGAAACGACAGCUCCUGCUGCUGCUCCUCCACCUGCUGAAACAACAACUCAACCACCAUCAGAACCAUCUACAAACCCUGCUUCUGUUCCUGGUGCUCAAACCACUCCAACUACAACUGCAACAGCUACUAAAAAGCCAGGAGCUGACGACGAAAAAGUGCCAGUUAUCAGUUCGGCACCAUCUGCCACCACUUCAGCUGCUGCUACUGCAUCAGCUACUGCCACCCCGUCGUCUAUUUGGUCACUGAUCCCGACGUUCGGACUCACUGGCAAAACCCUCUCGUGGGUAUACGGAUCGAUUCUGAUUAUUGCCGGGUUCGUUCUCGGUGUCGUCAGUUACAUUUUCCUGUCACGAAGAAAAGACCUGCUUGCCAGACUCCGCGGUCGUCAAUCGAACUCUUCAUACGAAUUCGAUCUCAUUCCAUCUGCUGCUGAAGCAGAUGAAGAACGCGAACUUUUCGGAGUUGACGACAGCGACGAAAGUGACGACGAUGACGACCAUCACCACCACCCCGACGACGGAUUACCACCACGGUCGCCGAGUCCCAACCCCGACACCAAAACACAAAAAACCGGCCGCGGUAUCUACGACACAUACGCCAAAUCCAAAGAUGUCGAUGACGACACCGAGAUCUUCCGUGUCGACACCGACGUUAGCGACGACGACGACGACGACGAGGUCUCCCACGGGUCCACCAGCUCGUCAACGAACCAUGAUGCCGACAGCGACCAAACCCAACUGCUAUAA